UGAUGGGACAAUGUCGUCACACCGCAUUGGGACUAGAGACUGGAGGCGUUUUUACAGGACAGUUUCGCCCGGCAGUCUUUCCCAAAAAGCAGGAAGAGGGUGUGUUAGACGGUUACCUGGCCAGAGUCACCUGUUGGAUUCAUGUCAGCCGUCGAAUUUCAUUGACAUUAGGACGUUUAAACGCUGGCUUCACUAAGGCGUAAAACAGAGAAGGCGUUUAAGGAUGCCAAGAAGAUCCUGACCCGUGGCGCCAACAUGAGCGUCACCUCAUGGUUUCUGGUCAGCAGCUCGGGCACGCGCCACCGCCUGCCGCGGGAAAUGAUCUUUGUUGGCCGAGAAGAAUGCGAGCUGAUGUUGCAGUCUCGCAGCGUGGACAAACAGCACGCUGUGAUCAACUAUGAACCAAGCACAGAUGAGCACAUGGUGAAGGACCUGGGCAGCUUGAAUGGGACGUUUGUGAACGACCUGAGGAUCCCGGAGCAGACGUACAUCACCCUGAAGCUGUCGGACGUCAUUCGAUUCGGUUAUGAUGUCCAUGUGUAUAUCUUGGAGAAAAGUCAACACAAGGUCCCAGAGGAAGCCCUGAAACACGAGAAGUACACCAGCCAGCUGCAGCUCCAGAGCUCGGAGAAAAGCAAAGACGCCGUUUCCAAUGUCAAGCUGCAGGAAAAGGCUGAGCGUAAGGCCCAGUCUCUCACAGCUUCCACAGAUUCUCCAAUUUCCAAGCCUACGCCUCUGUACGGUCAGCCGUCCUGGUGGGGGGAAGAUGAGGAGCAAGCCAACGCAAAACAGAAGAGGGGUGGAAAAAUGCCAGAAGAUACGACUUCAGAGCCUCCCAAAGAUGUACCGAGAUACGAGGUCAACCGUUCUCAGUCAGACACGCAGGCCAAACCCAUGUUCUCCUUUCGUCGGGAGCCCAGCAAGUUCGAAAUCCCAACUAACGAAUUCCAGCAGAGACAUGCAAAAAGUCAGGACUCCCAGAUUCACGAGGUGCCAACUAAGGAUACCUCAGACCCCACCCAGUUCGUCCCCUCCACACCCACGCCUCCUGUGGUCCAAAGCCAUGCCUCCUUCACCAUUGAAUUUGACGACUGCACUCCAGGUAAAUUGAAGAUUAAAGACCACGUGACCAAGUUUGCUCUCCGCCAGCAGCGUAAGCAAACCUCCGCAGAGACCCCCUCCACUCCUACAGAGGUGGUGUCGGCACAAAGCAAAGUAGCCGAUUGGCUGGUCCAAAGCACCGCGAGCAUGAUGAGGAGAAAGUCGCAGGGUGAAAAUAUACAUAACACAAACAGCCACUCGUCAGAUCUGAAUUCAAGGAAUGCAAACUACUGCGAGAACGGCUCUUAUAGUGAUUUAGGCCGUCCUGUAGUCAAUCCAAAUGACUCCCCGCCGUCCGAACUUCAAGAUGGUCCUCAUGGUGCCCCUAAAACCUCAGUAACUUCUCCAGGUUCAGGGGAACGUUUGUCGUCCUCGCCACCGGAGUCUCAGCCUCUUUCCAAUCACAACAAGGCGGAACCCAACCAAGCCUUCGUCAUUGAGUUCUUUGACGCCAACUCAAGAAAGAGGCGCUCUCAGUCCUUCACAAAUACCGCCGCCCCCGCUGAGCCUACGAACCUCCGGGUCCAGCAGGAGAAAAAGAGCUCAAGCCCUAAAACAGAGAAACACGUCCCGUCUUCAUCCUCCGCCACUCCCGCGACCCAGCGUUACACUAUUCCCCUGAAAGGGUCUGACUCUUCCGGCUUCCAAAGAGCUGGCUCUCUACGAAGGGAGAAGACUGAAGAUCGGAUCAGCACCAGCUUUUCCUCUCGCUCUUCUUCAUCGGUGUCCGCAAGACCCUUUAGCAGCGUCGGUCGGAGGUCCAAACUCGCCAAGGAUUUUAACGCUGAGUUACUCAAACAGAGAGAAAAGUCUUCCUCCAGCCGGGAGACAAAUGCCUCUAGUUCCCAUAAAGCAGAUCCAAGAGGGGCAGCGGCUGUUUCACAGUCUGCACGGAGUCAGUCGAGCCCUCCUCCACCCGAUGGACAUCUACACCCUCAGACUUCCUCUCCUAUCCAACCACCCGCUCCUCUAAAAAACCCUUUCAUGCCGGUUGAAAAUGUGGAAGUCAGGAGCCCCAGAAACGAGGAGGACGACAGCGUGAGCGAUGCAGGAACCUACACCAUCGAAGCAGACGUUCAGGAUAAGGAGGUGGAAGAGGCACGGAGCAAGAUUGACCAGGUGUUUGGUGUUCUUGAGAGCCAAGAGCAAAUGACGCUGACUGAAGCAGAAGCAUCCUCAGCAUUUAGGCCUGUUACUGAUCAGGGCAGGGAGGAGUGUAGGCAGAGUAGCUGUGAUGAGGGUAUUCCAGCUCCAGAGCAGGGACAUAGUCUGGUAAAGGUUCAGCCAGCAGGUGCCAUGGUACAGGGGGCUCCUAAGUGGAUGUCUUGCUGGGCCAGCUUGGCAGACACCUACACGGACCCUGCGCCUUCGUCUGGCCUCUUUGACGCGCCUACCCAGAUGGAGCCAUCAGGAGGGGCAAGGGGUCCCAUCAAGAACACAGUCAGUCAACAUAAGGACAACUCCGAUGCAGAGAGUUCAAGGACCAGACGCAUCCUUCCGCUUGCGCCGCACGGGGACAAGAUCCUGACUCCCAGCAUCCAUGUUCAUUAUAACCCCAACACAACAUUCGAUGUACAGGACACUACCUCUGCUCCCUCCAGGCCUGACGAUGGCAUUCACAGGUUAAGUGUUAAGGAUGACGUGGAGCCUGACAGCCUGAGCGACGCCAGCAAAUCAGAUGAUGGAUCCAUCGUGGAGCAGAGUAGGGGACAGGAAUCCGAUGCAGAAGAAAAACAAACCGAAGACACGGCUAAACUUUCUUUUAAGUCCACGUCUUUUUAUAUCGGGUCAGAGGAGGAGUCCAAACCACAGCGUGGCGGCUUUAAAAUGAGCACUCCUCAGGCUGAGAGAAAGCCUGUGUCUAGAAUCUUCUCAUCAGCCACUCUGAUCAAGCAGAAAGGGAUUCAGAGCAUUAAGCCCAACGCAUCUGCUCCCAUAUUGGACCAACGGACAGAGAGCCCAGAAGAUAACGAAGCCGCAGUACCAUCAUUGAUCAGGCAGGAGAGCUUCACCACGGAGAGGCCGAGUAAUCCCAGGCUGCCGAACAUUUCUAGUCCGCCUCUUCAAGUAGAGCCAGAAUCUGUGUUGUUCCAGGAGAGCAGCAGACAUGAUACUCAUUCUUACCUCAAGCAAACCGAGGAUGUUCUGGCUGUUCUGGAGGCCAAGCUCCAAGAAGGACCUUCAUUGAGUACUCCGUCCCCCAUAAUGGACUCUCUUUCCGGGGACUCUGAUAUGGAUACUUCCAGCACUGUCAGCCAGCAGAGCAAUAAGACCACACCCCACACUCUACUUAAAAAGAACUACGCUGGUAGCCUUCAUAGAGACAGAAUUACUACUGACACUAAUCAAGAGAUCAAUAACCAGGCUGAAAGGCAGCGUUCUUGUGGUUCAACCAGCGGUAACAAGCCAGAACUCGUCAGGAGGCAUGUUGGACUGAGACGUAGCGUGGGUAAAUAUGGUUCCACAGACUUGAGUGAUGACCCUCAAAGCUUACCGUACUCUGAUCAGGAAAGCAGAAACAACCAAACCCACAGAAAAUACACCGUGCCUCUUCAGAAGGAGGACGGCAAGUCCUCCAAAGUGUCUCAGGUGUUAAACCGUGCCAACAGUUUGUCUGCCCCAAGACCCACGAGGACCUCCAUGCUCCGGCGGGCUCGACGGGGAGAGUCCUCGGACAAUGAGGGCACAGAAACUGAUAGGUUAGCCCAGGAAGUGAACGACGCUUCUACAAAGCAGUCCCAGGAUUCCAAGAAACUCUCUAGACUGGACAUGCUGGCCAUGCCUCGUAAGCGUACAAGUUCGUUCAACACUCCCAGUGACACAGAAGCUUCGUCCACGCCACAGUGGACAGGCAGGAGCACGAGCUUUUCCACCCGAAGCAAUGAUCCGAGCAACAGCUCCAAACAACGGAUUUCAACUGCAGGACCAAAAGCGGCGGAAAGGCCACAGAAGCCAGCGCUCAACAAAACCCCAGUUACUCGCUCGCGCUCUGGCAGUACCAAAUACACCAGCAGCACUUCAAGCUCUAGGAGGCGGCACAAGGGCUCUGACUAUACCUCUACCUCAGAUGAAGAGUAUGAAUCAAACUGGAGCAAUCUUAAACACAAACGCUCCCAACCUUCCUCAGCUUCUCAUAGUCCACGCAGUCAGUCUCGGCCUCAGCCAGUGGUCGCCCAGCACCCGAAACCCCGCAGCAGAAACUCUGACGAGGAGAACCACGAGGGAGAACCUUUCCACAACUGGUCCACCCACAGUGCUGAGAUUGCUCGGUUAAGUCAAGAUUUGGCCAAAGACUUGGCUAUCUUAGCCAGAGAGAUCCAUGAUGUAGCAGGCGACGGUGAUCCACAAACACCCGAAGCUGAGAGCAGUGAACAGACGGUCCUUCAUGUCUCAGAGUCUGAGGCAAACCACAGAGUCCAACAAAGUCCUGCACCUAAAAGAGACGAACAGAGCUCCAGACAAUCGGUUCAAAACAGAAAAGAGGUCAAUGUGGAAAGCUUGAUGCAAAAUCCUGUGUAUCAAGUCACGGCAGCCAUCAAAGAAAACACAGAGCAACUUGCUGAGAAGAUUAAAGCUCUGUUCCAGGACAGGUUGGAUAUCUGGGAGGAAAUUGAGGCCAGAAUUAAUUCAGACGGUGACAUUACUGCCGGCAAAAUUCCCAAUAAGGAAACGGCAUCUAUCUUUCAAGAACUUCGCAGGGUUCAAAUACAACUAGAGGUUAUUAAUGCAGCCAUGGACCCCAAUGGGACACGUGAAGCUGCUACGACUUCAGCGCCUGCUGCUGCUGCCUCCUCUUCUUCCUCUGAAGUUCAGCCCUCCAAAACCUCCUCGUCUCGAGACUGGAGGACGGUCCACUCCGUCUCCAAACGGGGCGGCGGGCCGAGGCCCGGCGAAGGCGUCAGGAGGGUCGCCGUGACGCCAGACGACCUCCGAGAGGGAUAUUUAGUCUGAGGCCUGGCAUGCACAGAAACGCAGGUUUACCAACGUCGGCUGCGUCUCCUCAGAGGCAGCUGUGCGCUAGCGAAACCGGGCCAAGAGGAAAUGAAACUUGAUUUACAAAGCCGUGGUGCGCUUACAACGUUCUGAAGCACAAUUUUUUGGAGGCUUCCACGUGAGGUGGAGAUGUAAGAAAGUACCAUGACAUUUCAGCAAAUCUCACCUCAUGUUGUUAUACUUGAUUCUGUGUUGCGUAUCGUUCUCUUUAUUUGCCAAUUAAAUGAUUUAAUGUAUGAGAUUUUAUAAAAACGUGUAACGAUGGAAUUGAUUUAGGACCAGCCUGAGUAUAAUCAUCCCAGGGAAAUCUAUAAAUGUAUGUUUAGCUGCAAAUAUAUCAGAUGCUGGUGUCCUGAGAACUGCAUUACAUUUCUCUUUAUACGUAUAUUUUCCCGGUUGUAUUUUGUGCCACAGUCCUUUUUCUCAGAGCACAUUUAUUGAAGAAUGUAAAAGCUAUUUAAAAGUUUGCAUUUUGUGAACGACACAGUGGGAAAUUGGGAGAGACUUUGCACCCUCCCGUGCCAGAUUGUUGGAUGUUUUUUUUUAAAUGGCUGCUUAAAGGCAACUAGGUGUGUUUAUUCCUUUGGUUACCAUCUCCUUACUCAGGAGCUGAACGCUAUUUUCUUUUUCUUUCUGCCGAGGGUGGAAAUCCUUCAGGAACGUGCAGUCUGAAUGGAAGGAGGAGCUCACUCCUCUAUAUUUAAAACCACCUGGCAGAACAAAGCAAGUGUUGAUUAUAAAAACAGCAUUCCUGCCUUCACGGGGGGAAAAAAAGUCAAUAUUAAAACAUUUUAUGAUAGUUUUCUCAAAAGCAUAGUUGAAAGAAAGAUUUGGCCAAAAGAUAUUCAUGAGAAAUUGUGAUUUCUUAUUUUUCUACAUCCAGUUUUCCAUCAGAGCGCCGUGGUUAGAGGUUGAUUGUCCCCUCGUCUGUUUAGUUCACUCUUGUUGAGCAUUUUCAGCAUUUUUGCUGACAAAUUUUAUGAUUCUGCUAUAAUUAAGCUGAGUGUUUAUAUGUCUAAACAUAUCUGUGUCCCACAAAUUACCUCUUAAUCUUGCCCGUUUGCACCAUUAUGUUUUCUCUUCCAUUUAUGAUUGUAAGCAUUUUAAGAGUUUUGAUUUAAAGCGAGGAAAGCUAGUUUUCCUCUUAUCAAUGCAGAUUGUGCUGGUGUUAGCAACUGGGAAGAACCUAUAAUGUGUACUGUACAGCUUUGUGGGAUGACAUUGGGCAGCCGGUUAAAAAAUUGUUUACAAAUUCAAUUAACAAAACCCUUUAUUGUUGGGUUUUCUUUCUAAGUGUGCUUCUGCUUUACGCAGAAUUCCCUAUUUCCCCUAAGAGUUGUAGGGAAAGUGAAUCUUAUGUGUCGUCCAGUUUCGUUUUCCCAUCCUAGAUGAUUGGAUUGUGAUUUACAGGCAGUUUUUGAUGUGUUGUUUGUAUAAGUUAUUAAAUGAUUUCUUUUUCCAAAUAAAUCUAAUCAGCAAACCUC